CCUUCACCUCUCUCUCCUCGGCGGCAUCUGCACGGAUCGGGAGAAGAGCUGCGGCGACUGGGCGGCCGACGGCGAGUGUGAGAAAAACACCGCGUUCAUGGCGUUCACGUGCCCGCUGGCCUGCAACGUGUGCACCUUUGACUGCGCAAACAAGCACGAGCACUGUGACGCUUGGGCGCGUGGAGAAAACGGGACGCUCGCGAUUUACAGCAACGAGAGCGCCUGCGUGAACAACGCGGAUUACAUGAUGUCCAACUGCGCGACCUCGUGCGGCCUCUGCCACCACGAGUGCGUCGACAGCAAGAAGGAGUGCGCCGGGUUUGCGGCUUUGGGCGAGUGCGAUGCGAACCCGUUGUACAUGAAUGUUCACUGCCCUGUUUCGUGCGGGACAUGCAAGAGCGCGUGCAAAGACGCCAACGGCGAUUGCCCAUCUUGGUCCAGGGACGGCGGCUGCGUCGACAACCCAAACUACAUGUACCUCAACUGCCCCCAGUCGUGCGGCGUCUGCGACGAGCAGCUGGGGUGCUCGGACAAGAACGACGAGUGCGCGGCCUGGGCGGAGAAGGGCGAGUGCCACGGCAAUGCAAACUACAUGGCACGCGAAUGCCCGUCGUCUUGCGGGCUGUGCAAGACCGUUUGCAUCGAUCACGCCGAGCUCUGCAAGGCAUGGGCCGCGGACAGCGAGUGCGAGGAGAACAUGGGCUUUAUGCACAAGACGUGCCCGCUCUCAUGCGGGAUCUGCGCGCGGAUCGAAGAGGGCUCCGGGAAGGAUGAACUCUGAGCCUUCUCUGGACAAGACGUCCAUCGAGAACCCGCGGGACUUGGCCGCGAGGGCCAGCUCGUUGUACGUUGAAGAUGAAACUCUUCCCCCCGAAGAGAUUUGAACUACCACGUCGUCAGGAUAAUACUCUCUCUUGGUGUGGCAGCCACCUUCUCUCUUGUGCUGACGGCUGUGUGCUGAGCUGUUUACCGUCCUUUAGCACUGCGUUUGUCCUUUUGACACGUGAGAGCCUUUGAGAGGAAUUACGUAGUAGAGCUCAGGUAGUUUGAGUUGUUUGGCACAUGUAGAGCAGGCAUCUGAGAGCACUUGGAGCACUUGGAGAGAGAUUUGUUUUGUUGUUUGGGAUCUGUAGGAGAAGA